AUGGCGAGCCCCAUGGCCAGCAGCUAUCCCCAUCCCCAUUCUCUUCCGUCUCCUCCUCCCGUCUACCUUCCAUCCUCGCCGCCUCACUCACCAUCGCAUCGCGAUUCUCAGUCUACGCCACGGAGCUCGAACUAUCCGCCAACCUCGCCAAUCGCGCGCAAGCCUCUACCGGCAAUACCGUCAGCUCAGGUUGCACCACAAGCUCCACGCCCCUCUGUCCCCUCUGUGAGCGUCAACGGUCACAUCGAACAACCUGAAACGCCAAGUACGACCAUUAAUAACCCCAAUGACGAUUCGUUUGCAUCACACGUGACAAACGCUGCCUUCUCCAACUUGACGCUCCAGGAUAACCCCACGAAAAAUGGCGCUUACCCCCCACGAAAGGAGUCUAUUGGAGUCCUUCCUUCUACCGGGAACAUGGCGUAUCGACAUACCCCUGCCAGCAGCAUCUCAUCCUUUGCUGUAGAGCCCCAGCCGCAUGAUGAGACUCAAGCUGUUGGUAAGGAUAGCGGGUCAUCAUUCGACCGCGAUGGCCCUUCUGGUAGCCAAAACACAUCUUCGCGCGGCAGUAUAGACAGCAUGGCACAGGCCCCGGAGAAUCUUGAGCCCCUACACUAUCAUCAUCGCCCAUACCAACCCUCGCAGCCGGCUGUGCGGUCCACUCCUGCCCUAGGAUCAGGAGAAAAUUACCCAGGAAUAAACACCCAUCUCACCGCCAGACGCCCGCAGCGCCCGCGCUCAGCAUAUUCUUUUGCAUCAGACAAUGGAUCCCCACAGGCGUCACCCUUCCUCAAACCCCGUACAUCCUCCAGGAACUCUAGCUCUCCUGACGUUCGGCCAGUAUCCUUUGUCGAUCUUCUUAGUGCACCUUAUCCUCAGCCGGGACCCGUCCCAGUCCAAUUGGGAAACGCCCACCUUCGGUCUUCCGUUGGAAAUAAUGCAUCAUUGCUAAGCCAUAAGCAGACUUUUGAUAUGUACCUGGCAAAUGUGAAGAAAACAGACGAUCCUGCUAUUCAAUACGAGUUUGCCGUUUUCAUGGUUGGCGCUAUGAUGGAAAUGCCCGACGAGGAGCUGGAGGGUGGCAAGCCUUCACUCACCACGGAGAAAGGCAAAAACUCCUUCGACAUCACCCGAUCCAACCUUCUAAAAGAGGCCAAGUCGAUUUUCCAGGCACUAGCGAACCGUAGUUAUCCGUUUGCCCAGUACUACCUGGCAGACGGCUACGCCUCGGGUUUGUUUAGUAAAGGGAAAGAGGAUUACGAUCGCGCCUUCCCUCUAUUUGUAGCUGCAAGCAAGCACGGCCAUGUGGAGGCAUGCUACCGAACUGCUUUGUGCUACGAAUUUGGAUGGGGAACACGAGCGGAGGCCUCUAGAGCCCAGCAAUUCUAUCGCCAAGCUGCCUCGAAAAACCACCCAGGUGCUAUGCUCCGAAUGGCAAAAGCCUGCCUUGCAGGAGAUAUGGGCUUAGGCAAGCGCUAUCGGGAGGGCGUCAAAUGGCUGAAGCGGGCCACUGAUUCUUCCGAUGCGCAGUAUAAUUCGGCGCCGUACGAGCUCGGCCUGCUUCAUGUAUCCGGAUACGGAGACGAUGUCUUUCCCGACCCUUCUUAUGCCGCUCAACUGUUCACCAAGUCGGCGGAUCUUGGUCAUGUAGAGGCGUGCUAUCGCCUAGGAGAAGCCUACGAGCACGGAAAUUUGAAUUGUCCAAAGGACCCUGCCCUCAGUAUUCACUUUUACACCACUGCUGCGCAAGGAGGAAAUUCACUGGCAAUGAUGGCGCUAUGCGCUUGGUAUCUGGUGGGUGCAGAGCCGGUGCUGGACAAGGAUGAGGAUGAGGCGUACGAAUGGGCCAAACAGGCCGCUGAGCUCGGACUUGCAAAGGCCCAGUAUGCAGUGGGCUACUUUACAGAAACGGGCAUCGGAUGCCGGCGCGAUCCCCUAGAGGCCAACGUCUGGUACGUCAAAGCGGCCGACCAGGGGGAUAACCGAGCAAUGAACCGAAUCGCAAUGAUCAGGGCCGCAGCGGACGGUGUUACUCCAGCGCAGGCCGCUGCGGAUGCCAACGGAAAGAAAUCCCGAAAGAGUGAUGGCAAACAAAAAAGAUUCGGCAUCUUUUAG